AUGUAUACCCUGUUUUCCCCAUAUUCUGUUGUCAGUGAAGCGUUCUGCGAUGCUGUGGAUUUUAGCGGUGCUCAUGAACGUGAACCCAAUCCCCUCAAAGAGCGCACGGUCCAACUUCUCAGGCGUGACCCUUACAUUUGGCUGUCGCGGCCUCUUCCUCAGAACGCCGUUCAUUCACUCUUCUUAUUCGCUGCACGCUGGUCUUUAAGACCCAUCUCGGUGCCUGUCCCUCACUCGCGUAUUAGAGCCAUCUUCAUGUGUGCUUGCUGUUCCUUUUGUUGGCUUUACCCUUGCGCUGGUCGCUACGACUUUGUGGAAUACAUCUUGUCUCAAAGUAGUGCGCCGCCACGUGCCUUGGCCCACACAUCAGUGUGCUCAGUUCCCGCUGGUUCCUCAGACGCUGUUAACCCCGCUGCUCAAGAAGCAGAAUGCGCCACAAGGAGUGCGCUGCAUGCGGACUAUUGUCUACUAAACACAACAUCUUCAGCAGAACCCACUGGCGGGGCCCCAAGGGCCGCCAACUAUCUCGGCAAUGACAGGCCUCCCCAGGAGGGGUCUGCUAAAGGCCUCGCAAAGGCAGACGAGAUGCCGCACAGGCGUCCUAGCGAAGAUAGGCAAGGCCACCUUUCCGCCUGCAGUCCACCGCUAGGUGACCUUCAGGGGGAGGAGGGCCCACCCCUAGAAGCUCCAGCAGGCAAAGGACAGGCCAAAAAGCCUCCUGCGAGCCUCAAACCACUAGAGAAAAAGCGCAUCCCAGCCCCAGGGUGCGAAAUAGAAGGCCUGGUGGCAGUUGCUGGGCCACAGCGCCUGUUGCUUAAAGUGAACUUGGGGGACCCCCGACUGGUGGCGAUUGCCGACGCAGCCGAAGCGACUGCGUGCCUUCGCAGAUCAUCCCGUGUUGGGGAGAAACUUCGGCUGCUGGUGAGGGGCCGGCACCCGCGGACCAAGGCCCUGAUCGUCAGCGUGUUGCCCUCGUAA